UCGACCAGUCACCACACUACACCGCCGUGUCGCGCACGUCAGGCGCACGUCCAACCUGUCUUCCCUCAGAGUCGGACUCUGGAUAGCUCUGGAUAUUAGUAUUGUGCUCGCUGCGUUCUGACAGAAUUCGUCUCUUGGAUCAAACUGCGCGUGGUCUGGGCUGAGCCGAUGUCAAUCAGGCAGAGGAUACCCUUCCGCUUCACGGAGACUCCGGAAGAUGAACACAUUCUGGACGAACAAGAACAAGAGGAGCUGAUUGACAGCCUGAAGAGUCAGAGUGAUGCAGCGGCCUCGCAGUACAUGCUCCUCGGUCAGGUCGUCCUCGCCCUCUCCGCCUUGCUCCACUUCAUCUACAUCCUGAAGUGGGACAAGCUCUCCCCACUGUACGCCAUCCUCCCCUCCCACCCAGCACCCUCCACGAUCAUCCCCUUCCCCGACUUCUUCGCGACGCUGAACAUCAUCCUACAUGCAAAUCUCAGCCUCCUACUGCUCCCGCACUACAGCCCCAUUCGGCGGUCUCUAUCCUCCCUCCCACCACCGAUGGAAGACUACUCGCUUCCCCUUCCAAUCUUCCACCCUGUCACGGCCGCGUUGACCGUGCUCACGCCGACGCUCGCGCUGAUCCGGCAGUGCAGCUGGCCAGACGUAGCCUGGUGGUGUGCCACGUUGACGAUGUCGUGGUUCGUGUACUCGCUGCGCAGAUGGACUGACCAGAGUGUGGAGGAGAUCCGCGAGCUAGAACGACUGCGUUACGAUGCCAGAGGCGCGUAGUAGCAUCGCCUGC